UCGCAGCCACAUCCUUAUCCUAGUGUAAACUAGGCCUUGUGCGAUUGGUCAUGCUGUAGUUUACCAGCUACAACUCCGCCUCUCUCUAUAUAAACCCAGCUUUCCUCUUUAUAUUUACGGAAAUUUCAUUUAACUAUUGAAACAUACUGAAUCAUACCGGCGCCAAGGGUUUGGAAAAUGGACGCCCUAUCAGUGGCCAACACCCAUUUUAGCCUCGAUCUAUUCAAGAAGAUCAGAGAAAGCAACACAACUGACAAUGUGUUCUUCUCACCAUUGAGCAUCUCCUCAGCACUGGCUAUGGUGUUACUAGGAGCUGGUGGCAACACUGCAGCCCAGAUGUCUGAGGUUUUGGGCUUUAACAAACCAGUGAAGCCUAAAUCUGCUCAACCAGCAAUGGUUCAACAGUCACAGAAGGUCCAGAAACACCAGUUACCAGCAGCUCUGCAAAUGCCAAAGUCUCUGCAUUUUAACAAAGCUAAGGAUCACAUCCACAUUGGGUUUGACGAGUUGCUAAGAAAACUGAACAAGGCUGGAGCUCCGUACACACUCAGUCUGGCCAACCGUCUGUAUGGAGAGAAAUCCUACCAGUUUCUGGAGAAAUUUUUGCAUGACACAAAAACUCACCAUCAUGCUGAGCUGGAAAUGGUCGACUUCAUAUUGAAUGCAGAGGCAGCUCGUAUCCAGAUUAAUAAGUGGGUGGAGCAGCACACACAUGAAAAGAUCAAGGACCUGCUGGCUGAAGGAGUUGUUGACAGCUUGACCAGGCUGGUGUUGGUGAAUGCCAUCUACUUCAAGGGCAACUGGGAGAAAAAGUUUGAAGAAAGGGCUACCAGGGAGCUUCCAUUUCAUCUCAAUAAGAACACAAGUAAGCCAGUGCAGAUGAUGCAGCAGAAGGUGAAGUUUCCACUGGCCUUUAUUCCUGAUAUGAAUUGUCAGAUUCUGGAGAUGCCAUAUGUGGGAAAAGAACUGAGUAUGCUCAUCAUCCUGCCUAAUGAGAUAGCGGACGACACGACCGGGCUGGAGAAGCUUGAGCAUGAACUCACUUACGAGAAUUUCAUGGAGUGGACUCGGCCUGAUAUGAUGGACGUGGUGGAGGUUCAGGUGGCAGUGCCCCGCUUCAAACUGUCAGAGACCUAUGACAUGAAGAACCUGCUGGUCAGCAUGGGCAUGGCGGACGCCUUCGACCCCCGCAGGAGCGAUUUCUCCCUCAUGUCCCCCUGCGAUGACCUGGUGCUGUCCAAGGUGGUGCACAAGUCCUUUGUGGAGGUGAACGAGGAAGGGACAGAAGCAGCAGCAGCUACAGCAGCGGUGAUGAUGCUACGUUGUGCUAUGUUUCCCCCAGCAAGCUUCGUAGCAGACCACCCCUUCCUCUUCUUCAUCCAGCACAAACCAACACGCACCAUUCUCUUCUGUGGACGAUACUGCUCACCGUAAACUGCUGCAGACUUUAAACGUGUAUGCCAUGCGAGGGAAGUUUAGUUUUCAUGAGAUGUUCAUGCAUAUAGACAUUGGUUGGAAAAAAUGUUACUUGUAACCUAGCUGUUCAAGAGAUAACUGCAUUUAAUAGAAAGGGUAAAGGCAGUAACUAAAUGAAUUUACUAAUGAACUCCUGGUCUUAAUGCCAUCCUGAAUAUUUCUAUGCCUUAACCUUAUGUAACCUACACCAUUAAGACUUAUCAGAGUAACCAUCAUGAAUUGCUGUUAUUACUAUAUUCAUUAUUAAAAUGUCAUGACAAAUAAAGCUCUUAACUGAA